AUGUGUGAAACCAUGUCUGGCAAUGAAGCAUCUUCCUCUACCACUACUUCAACCAAUGAUUCAAAGCCUUUUGACCAAGUUAAUGCAAAUACUCCAUCUCCCAAUGAAAAGACUGCCGAUACAUCAGAAUAUGAGAUUAGAACAGGACAACAACUCCUGUACAUUGCCAAGGACAAGGACGACUUCGCAGACUAUUGCAGUGACAAACGAUUUGGCAAAAUUUUGUGGACCGAUCUUCAAGAACGAAUUCAAGACAAAAAUAAAGAGGCAAAGAUUGAUCGAGCGUUAUUUCUUUUGGAAAAGAUGUCAAAAUCAUCAAAGGCUUCCUACUCCAUGUCCAAGAUAUCAGGAGUCAAGUGGACAGAGAUUUCAGACUCUGCAAGGUUGAAGCUCAGAGAUUCCAAGAUCACAGUGAAGGUGAAGAAAGGUGCAACCGCAGUCAACUAUCAGUGGUUGAAAGACGUUGGCGAAACACAACAUAUCGAGUUCGACGAAGAAGCUGCCGUGGAUAAUGACGAAGAGGAAGAGCAAUUGAGCGUCAUGGAAUGGCUAGAAAGACACAUUCCAAUCGACCAAAAACACUUUGCCUAUCACAAUGUGAGCAACGAUGGAUCUUUUUUGUUGGUUUCCAGCUAUGCAGACUGCCUACCUUUCUCUCUCAAGGGAACAACAGCUAUCAUCAUUGCGCCUCCACAACGGCAUCGUGCUCUUCUCAAAUCUCAGAUAUAUGUGUACAUCGAACUCAAAAAGCCAGAGAACCUCGUGGACAACAGCUUCUAUCAAGGAUGGGCUCAACUCAUUGCAGCAUCAAUUCACACUACGUCUCAUCCCGUCAUUCAUUUGCUUACCGAUCUCAACGAAGCAUGGUACUUCUCAUGGUGGAGUCACCCACUAGAAUUGUCGCAUGCUUCUCUCAACAAUGCUCAAGCCAGAUCAUUCAUUCAAGAGUAUCUUGGUGAAUUCAAAUCUGGAUGGCUCGGUGGUGGUGAUUACAGCAACAAUACUGGAUUCAAAGUUUGUGACGUCCAACCGAAACUCUUCACCUUUUCCUCAGUCAAUCCUUCUCCAAAGGAUGACAUUGCUUCAUUUGAAGACUUGGAUGAUGAUGACCGUCGUGAAGCUUUUGGCCUUCGAGCGCUCCAGCUUCUCCACACUCGAUACAGAAUGGACCACGAGGAUACCCAUUCACAGAGUUAUUUCACUCCUCAAACACCAACACCAGAAGAAUUUGAUCAAUAUGAAGUUAAUUCAACUUCAACUCCAACCACAGACUCUAAUAAUGCAUUCGUUAUCACUGGCAAUCCAGGAACUGGUAAGUCCUGUUUCCUCUUCUACAUUAUGUAUCUCAUCGCACGGGUCAAGGGAACUAUGGUUGUUCACUCGAUUCACGCCAAGAAUGACGAUUUAUACUUUCUCUACACUUACGUUGGUGGCAUUCCAGUUGUCAGACGUGGACCCAAGAGUGAUUUUACCACUCACCUUGAUCUCAGAUCAACUUUCUUUUUGGUAGACAGCAAAGAGGAGAUAAAUGUCGCAGCUAAAACGAUCAUUGUUUCAUCGCCUGAUCCGAAGAUCUACAAAGAGUUUCUGAAGAACGUUGGCACGGCCCGCAGGUAUAUGCCACCUUGGUGCAAAUCCGAACUUGAUCACGUAAGACCAAUUUUAUACCCAAAUGUCACACAGAAUGCGAUAUCAACAAUCAAUCUGGACUUAUGCGUCGAGAGCAUUGGCAAGGAGGAUCCGAUUGCACCAGGCAGUCACAAAGUGAUUCAAAUUAUCCCAUACGAGCAGGCUGCUCUUCCAAAGUACGCCUCGAUGAAGCUACAGUUCUCAUCCAAGUACGUUGCUGAGCGAGUUGUCAAGGCUGUCGAGGCGGACGACAUCAACUCGGUCGUCAAGCAACUUCAUGUGCACAAGUUUUUGCACUCACCUCUGGGUGGAUCAUUCUUCGAGUCUUUUGCUCACAGACUAUUGCAACAAGGAGGAGAGUUUGAAAGAAGAAACCUAACCACCACUGCAACAGACAAGAUCACAUUCACGCCAACAGUUUCUUCCACACUCCGCUCUAUCGCAGAUAUUGGCUUAUCACCACCAAACAAAAUGGUUCCUGAUGUUCUUUCUAGGAAAGCAGUCUACAUGGUUGGUAUGCGAUUGUUCGUUGCAUUGCACGGAUCGUGGAAUCGUCAACCAUCGACCGGUUAUCAAGUGGUACACAUUGUCACCGAUGUCAAUCAUUACCAAGUGAAUGCAACUCUCACCAAGUUCUUUGGUGGUGUUCCAACUUCCACUGGUGACUCGUGGUCAUUCCGUCCUGUUUCACUCGGUCGUUUAGCUCCAUGCGGUGCUGGUGUUGCCGAAUGUCUCUUGGUCUCUAAUGAUGGUUCCAAUUCAAUCGUUGCCAUUCGUUACAACGGACCAUAG